CGGUGUAAAUGUUUUCAUUGGUUGCAGAAAAGGAAUUUAUUUACUAAUGUAAAAAAUGUAGAUAAAUGUAACAUAUUUAUUGUGAUUUACAUUUUUAUUCAAGAAAAUUAAAUGCUGUGAUCAUUGUAGCUCCGAAAUUAAAAAUGACAGCAAGUGAAAUGACGUCCAAAUGGCUCGAUGCUUAUCAUGAUCCAGUUGCCUCCCUUUACACCUUUACUCAGUGUUUGACAUUGGCUGAUAUACAAGCAGAUGGUGACUGGAAACUGAUCAUUGCAGAUCUUGGCACAGGCAGUUACGACAUGAAACUUAAAGUUUAUAAAAAUACGAACCUGAUGAGUGAACAUGCUAUAAUAGACCUACCUACUGGCGUUGUUAAUUUUUAUAUGGAUACAUUGGAACCAAGAACACCAGCUAUUGCUGUUGCAUCAGGUCCAUAUAUAUACAUCUAUAAAAAUUUACGACCAUAUUUUAAGUUUACGCUACCUCCAUUGAGUAUAAAUCAGAUAGAACAAGAACUGUGGGAACAAGCAAAACAUGAUAACAUCAAUGUAUUUGUUCUGAGGGAUGCUUUAGAGGGACUAAGGAGUGAUGGUCAGUUAUUAACAGUCAGAUCAUUAAAGUUUUUACAGCUGGAGAGUACAGAUCUAGAACCAUUUGCUAAUUUACAUAAACACGCCCCUUUAAAACGACAGACAGUAAUCACAUGUUUAGAUACAUUAAAGAAGUCUCUAGCUGAUGAAGAUGCUAUUAGUUGUUUAGUUGUGGGAACAGAGAAUAGAGCUAUUUAUAUCCUAGAUCCUGAAGCCUUCACAGUACUUACAACAGUCGAUUUACCCAGUAUACCAGUGUUUAUAAGUGUAAAUGGUUUAUAUGAUGUUGAGUAUCGACUGGUUGUUUCCUGUAGAAAUGGUUGUAUUUAUACUUUAAAAAGAGGAAGUAAAGAAGGGAGUAAAUAUUGUAUAGAGUUAAAUUCACAGCCUGUUGGAAUGGAGAGAAUUAAUAAAACUAUAUAUGUUGGCUGUAUGGAUGAAACAUUGCAAUGUUAUUCUUCUAAGGGAAAGAAACUAUGGACUAUAAAAUUACCGAAUAGUAUAACAACGAUGAAGACGUUAGAUUAUAGUCCGCGUCAACUCAAGACGUUAUUGGUUGCAUUGAGUAAUAACGAGAUACGCAUGUAUAAAGAUAAAUAUCUGGUGGACAUUAUUAAAACAGAGGGCAUUGUUACAGGUUUACAGUUCGGUCGAUUUGGACGGGAGGAUGGAACUCUUGUCAUGACAACUAGAGGUGGAGGCCUGUUUGUAAAGAUAUUGAAGAGAAGUGCAAAGUUUGAAGAAAAAGAUGCAUUAGCCGGACCACCCAUAUCACAAAAUCAAAAAAUUAACAUCCCGAAGAAGACUAAAUUAUUUGUUGAUCAAACAUUGAGAGAAAGACAGAAUGCCGUGGCUAUGCAUCGAACAUUCCAGAGAGAUUUAUAUUUAUUACGAUUAAACACGGCCCGGCAGUAUGUUAAAGCCCUCGACAACAGUAUGAACCCCAUUUCAUCGGAUCCGACUGAACCACUCAAGUUGUCAGCUCAGAUUCAAGGAAUUGGUCCGACAUUUAAACUAACAGUUAAUUUACAGAAUACCUCGUUAAGUCAACCGACGUCAAACUUAAUUAUCACCUUUAAUUACGAUGAUAAACUCUACUCAUUUAGGAAUAAAUUUAUCGAGGCUCCGAUGUUAGUACCUGGCUUGAACUAUUCCUUUGAAACAUUUAUCGAUUGUUUAAAUGAAAAGGGUGUUUCUGAUAACGUUAAAGUUUAUGUUUUAAAAUGUGGUAGAAGUGUACCAAUUAUUACUGGAGUCAUCAGUAUGCCUGUUAGUGAAGCUGUGGCUGUAGCUUAAUUACAGGAAUAAUUUAUUGAUAAAGUUGCUAAUCGUCACUGGAGAAAUUGUUAAUCCCUUGUAAACUACCAGUAGUCAUCAGUAUGCCUGUUAGUGAAGCUGUGGCUGUAGCUGUAGCUGUGGCUGUAGCUGUAGCUUAGCUAUAGGAAUAAUUUAUUGAUAAAGUUGCUGAUCGUCACUGAACAGAUUGUUAAUCCCUUGUAAACUACCAUGUUGUGAAAGUUGAAUCCCUUAAAGAUACAUUAUGGGGGAUUAGAUAAAGAGCUGGCUGUUCUCACUAUAAUAGUUAAAAACUAGAUGGUGUAAAUGGGUUAUACUGGAAAUUUCAGUCAAAUUGCUUCAGUCAAAACCUUAUUUUAAGAUCUCUGUAGUCUCGAUUGUCAUUGUUGCCACUGUCACGAUAAUUAACAAAGUCUCAAUUAUUAACAAAGUCUCAAUUAUUAAUUUUUGCGUUUAAUCAUCAACAGACGUUGAACAGAAGAUCAGAUUCAAAUCCAAUAAAAAUCGGACAGAUAAGAUCGCAUUGAGAGUUUAUUAUUGUCUUUUCAUGUAUAAAUAUCUAAUUAAUAGUUUAUAUAACAUUUCAGGCUUAAAAAAAGAGAGAGAGAGAGAAAUGGGGUUUAACGUCCACUCGACACAAACUAGGUCAUUUUGGGAGGACUCAGAGAAAACCCUUGAGGUUGGAUAGGCGACCCUCCUCCUUGUCACGUACAACCAGGGAUUCGUAACCACGCCAGUUGACUCAAUGACAGGCCUUGUGAUAAAUCGCGCACAUGCUAACCAUUCGGCCAUCCAACCCCCCGCACACCUAAAGAAAGACCUGCAAUAGGCAGAUUUACCUCUUGCAUAAUGUAUGUUUAAAAGGAAUAUCAGUCCAAAAAUUGUUCCAAUUCCUUUCAGUAUCUACAAAGAUAUAAAUGAUGAAUUGAAAAUCUGUUCCACAUCCCUGCAGGCCAUAUAGUCAACAGAAGCCACUUAUGAUUUUUGCUGGGCCCGCUAAAUUCUCGGUUCACACUUUAUAUUUAUACACAGUGUUUAAGGUCAUGAGACGAAGAAGUCUAUUCAUUUUCAGCGAUUUUCGAUAAUUACUGCCAGAGUUAUGGCCCUUGAUCACUUCAAAAAAUCUUGUGGACGCUCUAGAGGCUAAAGUUAAUAUCUGAUUGACUUUAAAUUUAUACACAGUGUUUGCGGUCAUGAGACGAAAAAUCCUAUUGAUUUUCAACGAUUUCUGAUAAUUACUGCCAAAGUUAUGGCCCUUGAUCACUUUGAAAAAUCUUGUGACACUCUAGAGGCUAAAGUUAUCAUCCGAUUGACUUCAGAUUGAUACACAGAGUUUAAGAUCUUGAUACGAACAAGUAAAUUUUUAUGACUUGAACGUUUUGUAUACUAAACGUUAGCAUGGGGCAGAACUUUAUAAAAAACAAACAAAUUCUAAUGGUUUUCUGAUAAUUACUUCAUGAGUUGUUACUCUUAAUCAGAUUUUAGUGUAUUAUAAAUGUUUCAUUACCGAAAAAAGUAAAAAUAUGCGACAACACUUGUUGAUUGCCCGGACGAUUUAGCUGCUGUGGGCGUAUGUUUCGUUGCCUGGCAACCUAUCUUUAACUAUUAUGGUGAGAACUGACAGCUCUUUAUCUAAUCUCCCAUAAUGUAUCUUUAAGUUGUUAAUUGCACUUCUCAUAAUGUAUCCAUAAGUUUUUGAUUGUAUAGUUUCUUUUUGAUUGUAUAGUUGUUUUUGAUUGUAUAGUUGUUUGUAUAGUUGUUUUUGAUUGUAUAGUUGUUUUUGUAUAUAAAUUCCGUCCAGGGGUCCAUGUUUAAAUGUCUACAGUCUACAGCAACCCCCUCAAACCCUUAAAAGGGUUUGUCACCAUUCUAAAUUAAAAUUAUACCAUACUCGA